CCCAACCGGUUAUCAGUUGACGAACUCUACUGCCACUAUAGAGCACCACAGAAUAAAAAGAGCCAAUGAAAGAGUGUAAGAAAAGUAUUUGAUAAAUAGAGGAGCGUAGGUAAACGAGAGAGUUUGUUAUUAGAGCAAAGUGUAGCGGCAAGGAGACGAAACUUAUUUUUGAGGGCGAGUGUGUUGUCACCGAAGAAAAAGUUUUCGCGCUGAGAAGUACUCCAGAGCUCGUAGCAAACGGUAGUCGUUCGUUGUCAUCUGUGGUCGUCCAAUAAAAAUAUAAAUAUACAUAUAUAAUCGUCGUUGCCUUUCCACUACUACUACGGUGCGGUACGGUGUGCGGCUGAUCUUGGAUCAGAUUUUUUUCGGUUAAGUAAUAAAUCUACUUGUAUUUGCAUUAAUACAAAGGAACCAAAGAAGGAAACCGUGAAAUAUAUAUCUUAUUUUCAUAUAAAAUUCAGUAUUUAAAGUUAAAUAAUUAAGUGCAGUUAAAAGCGAAGAAAAAAGAGAAAGCAAAUUUCGCAAUCAUGUCGAGGCCACAAACAGAUGAGGAACGUCGCAAGCAAAUCAGUGUGCGCGGUAUUGCCGAGGUCGGCAAUGUCACGUUGGUCAAGAAGAAUUUCAAUCGUCAUCUGCAUUACACUUUGGUAAAGGAUCGUAAUGUAUCAACUAUGCGCGAUUAUUACUUUGCCUUGGCCAACACCGUGCGCGACAACAUGGUCGGUCGUUGGAUUCGCACCCAGCAGAUGUACUAUGAAAAGGACCCCAAACGCGUCUACUAUUUGUCUCUGGAAUACUACAUGGGUCGUUCCCUUCAAAAUACGAUGAUCAAUCUGGGCAUUCAAAGUGAAUGCGAGGAGGCUAUGUACCAGUUGGGUUUGGAUAUUGAAAACCUCGAGGAUAUGGAAGAGGAUGCUGGUUUGGGUAACGGUGGUCUGGGUCGUUUGGCUGCUUGCUUCUUGGACUCCAUGGCUACGCUCGGCUUAGCUGCCUACGGUUAUGGUAUUCGUUAUGAAUACGGUAUUUUCGCACAGAAGAUCUUAAAUGGUGAACAGCAGGAGGAGCCCGAUGAUUGGUUGCGUUAUGGAAAUCCAUGGGAGAAGGCACGUCCUGAAUUCAUGAAGCCGGUGCACUUUUACGGUCGUGUCAUUGAUACACCCGAGGGCAAGAAGUGGGUAGACACACAGGUUGUGUACGCUAUGCCAUACGAUAACCCCAUACCCGGUUAUGGCAACAAUCACGUUAACACUUUGCGUUUGUGGUCGGCUAAGAGUCCUGUUGAUUUCAAUUUGAAAUUCUUCAACGAUGGUGAUUACAUCCAGGCUGUAUUGGAUCGUAACUUGGCUGAGAACAUUUCGCGUGUGCUCUACCCGAACGACAACUUCUUCGAGGGCAAGGAACUGCGUCUUAAGCAGGAAUACUUCAUGGUCGCUGCCACCUUACAUGACAUUGUGCGUCGCUACAAGGCCUCGAAAUUCGGCUCACGCGAAAAUGUGCGUCAACACUUCGAUCACUUCCCCGAUAAGGUCGCCAUUCAAUUGAACGAUACCCAUCCCUCAUUGGCUAUACCCGAACUGAUGCGUAUUCUCAUUGAUGAGGAGCAUUUAGAGUGGGAUAAAGCUUGGGACAUAACUACUCGUACCUGCGCAUACACCAACCACACCGUCUUGCCCGAAGCCUUGGAACGCUGGCCCGUUUCCAUGCUUGAGUCGAUAUUGCCCAGGCAUUUGCAAAUCAUUUAUCACAUUAACUUCCUGUUCAUGGAGAAAGUGGCCAAGCAAUAUCCUGGUGACUUUGAUCGCAUGCGUCGCAUGUCGCUGGUAGAAGAAGAUGGCGAGAAACGCAUCAAUAUGGCUCAUGUGUCCAUUGUAGGCUCACACGCUGUAAACGGUGUGGCGGCUAUACAUUCGGAGAUUCUGAAGAAGGAUCUCUUCCGUGAUUUCUAUGAGUUCGAACCACAUAAGUUCCAAAACAAGACCAACGGUAUUACGCCACGUCGCUGGUUGUUGCUCUGCAAUCCCGGUUUGUCCGAUCUAAUUGCCGAGAAGAUUGGUGACGAAUGGCCAGUGCACUUGGAGCAGCUGGUGGCGCUUAAGAAAUGGGCCAAGGACCCCAACUUCCAACGCAACGUGGCACGUGUGAAACAAGAGAACAAACUGAAGUUGGCUCAAAUCUUGGAGAAAGACUAUGGCAUCAAAGUUAAUCCCGCCUCCAUGUUCGACAUUCAGGUUAAACGUAUACACGAGUACAAACGUCAAUUGCUGAACUGCUUGCACAUCAUUACGCUUUACAAUCGCAUUAAGAAGGAUCCCACCGCCAACUUCACGCCACGCACCAUCAUGAUCGGUGGCAAGGCCGCACCCGGUUACUAUGUAGCCAAACAGAUUAUUAAGUUGAUCUGCGCUGUGGCCAAUGUUGUCAACAACGAUCCAAUUGUAGGUGACAAAUUGAAGGUAAUCUUUUUGGAGAAUUACCGCGUCACUUUGGCUGAGAAAAUCAUGCCUGCUGCCGAUCUGUCGGAACAAAUCUCCACCGCCGGCACAGAGGCUUCCGGUACUGGCAACAUGAAAUUCAUGUUGAACGGUGCACUCACUAUCGGUACCUUGGACGGUGCCAAUGUUGAGAUGGCCGAGGAGAUGGGCAACGAUAAUAUUUUCAUUUUUGGUAUGACCGUAGAGGAGGUUGAGGCGCUCAAGAAACGCGGUUACAAUGCCUACGAUUACUACAACAAGAAUCCUGAGAUCAGACAAUGCAUCGACCAAAUACAGGGUGGCUUCUUCAGUCCAAGCAAUCCCAAUGAAUUCAAGAAUAUUGCGGAUAUUUUGCUGAAAUACGAUCACUAUUACUUGUUGGCCGAUUACGAGGCAUACAUCAAGGCACAGGAAUUGGUUUCGAAGACCUACCAGAAUCAAGCCAAAUGGUUGGAAAUGUCCAUCAACAACAUCGCUUCCAGUGGUAAAUUCUCUUCGGAUCGUACCAUUUGCGAAUAUGCAAGAGAAAUUUGGGGUGUCGAGCCCACUUGGGAGAAGCUGCCCGCACCUGAGGACACACCAGCUGCAAAAUAAAUUAAUUUUGUUAUCAUUCAUACAUACAUACAUACAUAUAUACUAUUCUUUUGAGAUUUAACUUUAUUUUUAUUCAACUCCAUUUAUGCGGAAUUUUUAUUUAAUUAAAAAAAAAAAAAA